UUCAUGCAGCCGGCGGAGGAACUGCUCUCUUUUCCUUCCUCUAAAAACACUCAUCCACGAUUUUAAGAAUAAUAAUGCAGAAAGACUCUCUGCCGACUCUGAGUCCCGCUGUGCCGCCGUAUGUGAAGCUGGGCCUGACGGUGGCCUAUACUAUCUUCUACUGUCUGCUUUUUGUGUUUGUUUAUGUGCAGUUGUGGUUGGUUUUGCGUUACCGGCACAAACGUUUCAGCUAUCAGACGGUGUUUCUGUUUCUGUGUCUGCUCUGGGCGGCUCUACGGGCGCUGCUUUUCUCAUUUUAUUUCAACAAUUGUGUGACUGCGAACACACUCGGACCUUUCUGCUUCUGGCUGCUCUACUGUUUCCCUGUGUGUCUGCAGUUCUUCACACUCAGCCUCAUGAAUCUGUACUUCGCACAGGUCAUUUUCAAGGCCAAGUCCAAAUAUUCGCCAGAACUUCAGAAAUACAGGCUCCCGCUCUACCUGCUGUUCCUAUCCAUCAGUCUGCUGUUCCUGCUGGUCAAUCUGACCUGUGCUCUGCUGGUGAAGAUAAACAGAGCCAACACUGAGACUGUGGUUCUGGUGCGAGUGACCGUCAAUGACUCUCUCUUCGUCCUCUGCGCCGUCUCACUCUCGCUCUGCCUCUACAGGAUCGCCAAGAUGUCUCUGGCCAACAUCUACCUGGAGGCCAAGGGCACAUCUGUAUGUCAAGUGACAUUAAUUGGGGUGACGGUGGUCCUGCUGUACUCAUCCCGCGCCUGUUAUAACCUGGUAGUAUUGGCACUGACAAAAAUCAAGAGCAUCAACUCCUUCGACUACGACUGGUACAACGUAUCAGACCAAGCAGAUCUAAAGUCGACGCUGGGCGAUGCUGGAUAUGUGGUUUUUGGGGUGAUUCUGUUUGUUUGGGAGCUGCUGCCCACGUCUCUGGUGGUUUACUUUUUCAGAGUCCGUAAACCCACUCUGGAUCGGAGUGCGUCAGUGAUCCCUGGUCACAUGUUCUCAUCUAGAGCGUAUUUCUUUGACAACCCGCGGCGUUACGACAGCGAUGAUGACCUCGCCUGGAGCAUCAUCCCACAAAACAUUCAAGCCAGUUAUACGUCAGACAGUUAUGACUGGAGCUGUCGAAACAACAGCUUCACCGCCUACACUGAAGCGGAAGAGCCUCAUUUAGCCCCAGAAGAGCUAAAUCCAUACUAGAUCCAUACAUAGUCUUUCCAAUGAGGAGAUCAUGAUUUUGCACAUACCGCUGAUGUCUUUUACCUACUGUAUAUUUAUUAGGGAAUCUCAAUGUAAUACAACAGCAGAGCUCUGGAAGCAAAACUACCAAUCAUU